UUGUUACGACAGGAACACAAAAACACACACACCCAUCACACACAGUCAUCAGUGCUGUGAUAAAGAGGGCUGGACUUCUUCCUUCACACACUCUGCUCUCAAACCUUCAGCCUCAUAAUGGCACCUCAGGUCAGUCAGCGGCCUCUGAGGUUACAGCUGAUCCCUUCCUCGCUCUGCACCAUGAUCCUGAACCUGCUCGUCCCUGCUCUCAUCCUCGGUGUGGUGGAGGCACAAACUGCAAACACGACAGAGGGUGAGCUGAGCAGAACCCAGGAGAACCAGACUUUCAUCACAUCCACCACCGCAAACUACAGUACGGUGAAGCCCGGCAAUCUCACAUCCAGUUUGUUAACCGACUUGCAGCGCCAGGUUGAGAAUGAGCUGCUGAACAAUCAGACUUUUCCUGAGGUCUCAGAGGAAAAUGAGGACUUUCAGGACCAGGAGAUACUGUUUCCAGGCAGACACUGCGACCAUGAAAAGCUGGUGGAGUUCAGUCAUUACUUCUGUGGGGACCUUUUUCACGUGGAGAUGAUGUCAAUCAAGCCAGAGGACUGGUGCGUGCUGAAUAAAAUCAUCUGGGCGUACAACAACAUGUCCCACUGCCUGGAGAAGCUGGCUGAUCUAGUCGGCUGUUAUUACCCCAAUCCUAACAUUCACGACUUCUUCAUUGAAAUCCACUCCAUCUACUUCCACAACUGCACCAACGACGAGCUUCUGCUGGUGGACGCUCCUCAUUGGCUGGUGAUCACCCUCACUCUCAUCCCCGUCAGCCUCAUCCCGGUGCUGGUUUACCUGGUGGUGUGGAAAAGCAAAUUCCAAGAGUGACCCCUGAACCACCACACUAAAAUAAAUGUCAGUUUGCCAUACCUAUUGUAUAAAUGCUGCGUAGUUUCAUGUUUUUUAAAGGUGUUUUUAUGUAUUCUGAAUUAAAGGAUUACUGCCACAUUUAUAGAAAUGUGCUUUUUUACUUCCUACUGAAGAUUUGUAUGAGGAAACUGAUGCUAUUUGAAGUUUAUGAGGUUAACUUAAAUAUAUUCACAGCAAUCAUUUAUUCAUCUGUUGCUGAUGAGUCUCAGUUUCACUGUAAAUAGUAAGUUACACAGAGGCUUACAUUUGUUAAAAACACAGUAUCACUAUGUUGAUUUGUAUAAAGAAAAGAGGAGAAGAGUGCAACUUGUAAAAUUGUUGUUGAUCAUUUUUCAAAGCAUUACAGGAAGUCAGUGAAUCUCAACCAUGAUUGGCUGAAGGCAGAUUCGGCGCUCAAGUGUAAAUGUUUGAUCUUUGACACACUGUAAGCUGCAGAUAUCUGUUCAUAGAGAUAAAGAAACUGUUGUAGUAUUACUGAUUUGUCAUUACGGUGAUUUUGUGUUCUGCUUGCUUUUGCUCUCCAUACUUACACUGCAUUAAACCCUGCUUAUACCUGA